UGUCGCAGCCGGAAACGUUAUAGCUCCUGCUACAAACGUUACUGUAGGCCACAGACAUAUCUAGAGCUCAUCCGAAGUCCCGUUUUAUUGUUGACGUUUGUUGUGGAUACAAUUUUAAGUUUUUCCUCUUCUGAGAAUGAAGAUGGCUAUUUCACAUUGUCGAAGGUUUGCGCCGCAGUUUUAAAGGGACGGAGGCAAGGCGCUCUCUUCCUCCUCCUCGGACAGACGAGGAAGAGCCUGGAAACCGCUUGGGAAUGUAAAACAUACUCCGCGUCAAUGUUCUCAACGUGGCUCUCUGGAUGAUGUAUCCUCUGGGACCUCGUUUCAAUGGUACACUUGUCUGGUGUGGAUGUUAAAUGUUUCCUGAACCAACGACAUAUAGCCGAUAAGAGCAUCGGUUACCGACAGUGUGGCAGUUAUCAUCCGUCUAUUGUCAUCUAGAGACAACUACUACUUGGUUGAAAUGAAUGGGCCACAAUACAAACUGCGUAUGUGUCUAAUCAACAGAAAACGCUUGUAGGAAUCUUAGCCUACUUCCCGACCACCAGUUAUUAGGUUACUUUGACCAGCACACAGACAAGGAAACAAGGAGGGAGCAAAGUUCUGCUGGGAGGAGAGACGUGGACUGAGAGACGAGAGCAGGAGAGAGAGACGUGGACUGAGAGAAGAGAGAGAGACCUGGGCUGAGAGAAGAGAGAGGGAGACGUGGACUGAGAGAAGAGAGAGAGAGCAGGAGAGACAUGGACUGAGAGAGGAGAGAGAGCAGGAGAGACGUGGACUGAGAGAAGAGAGAGAGCAGGAGAGACGUGGACUGAGAGAAGAGAAAGAGAGAGAUCUGGACUGUGAAUUGAGAGUGUGGGAGAAGGAGAAGGAGAGACAAAGCUGAACUGUGGACCUGUAGACAUAUUAAUGGAGACCUGCUCCCAGGCUGUUGGAGUGUCUGAAUCUGCCCACCCCUGCCGUGGACCCUGAGGGCGUGGCGUGUGUUCAACCAACCAGAGCCCCGUGGACCCUGAGGGCGUGGCGUGUGUUCAACCAACCAGAGCCCCGUGGACCCUGAGGGCGUGGCGUGUGUUCAACCAACCAGAGCCCCGUGGACCCUGAGGGCGUGGCGUGUGUUCAACCAACCAGAGCCCCGUGGACCCUGAGGGCGUGGCGUGUGUUCAACCAACCAGAGCUCCGUGGACCCUGAGGGCGUGGCGUGUGAUCAACCAACCAGAGCCCCGUGGACCUGUGACAUCAUCAUGUUCCCCUCCGUGACCCGUCUCCUCCCCUCUAGGGUGUCAUCGCCGCUCCUCCUGGCCGCCAUGUUGACGCUGGCGGCCGCCGGCCCCGUCUCGGGAUCGGACGCGGAGACGUGUUUCUCCCGACAGCAUCAGAACGCCAUAGUGAAUGUCCGCCAGGCGCUGGUCCGACCGACCACCGUCAUGGACUCCAGAGUCACCCAAUCAGAGAGAGACUGUGUUCUGGCCUGCUGCUCAGAGGACGUCAAGCCAGGUAUAAAGUGUACCCUGGCUGUGUUCAACCCUCACAAGCCCUCUGAGCCUCCCAACAACCACAACUGUCAUCUGUUCCACUGCCAGAGUGAGCAGGACUGUCCCCUCCUGACUGCUGAACAGGGCAUCAACACAUACGACAUCUUCAAAGGUUUGAUUCAUCCCACCACGGGGAUACCUACUCCACCUUCCACAAUCCAACCAACUACUACUACUGCUACUACUACUACUACUACAACUCCAGCACCUACCAUCAGACCACAACCCACUACUACUACAACGACUACCACUACACCUACCACCACACCACAACCCACUACUACCACCACUACAACCACACCACAACCCACUACUACCACCACUACAACCACACCACAACCUACUACUACCACCACUACACCUACCACCACAACCACACCACAACCCACUACUACCACCACUACACCUACCACCACAACCACACCACAACCCACUACUACUACUACUACCACAACUACAACCACACCACAACCUACAACUACCACCACAACCACACCACAACCCACUACUACCACCACUACACCUACCACCACAACCACACCACAACCCACUACUACCACCACUACACCUACCACCACAACCACACCACAACCCACUACUACCACCACUAAACUUGCCACCACACCACAACCCACUACUACCACCACUACAACUACCACCACAACCACACCCCAACCCACUACUACUACAACAACCACUACACCUACACCUACCACCACAACCACACCACAACCCACUACUACUACAACAACCACUACACCUACACCUACCACCACAACAACACAGCCAUCUUUAAUGAUAGUAACAACGGCUGUUAUAACACGACCGACUCCAACCACUAUGACAACAACACAACAAGCAACAUCCUGGCCACUAACAGAGGCCCACGCUACUCCUACAACAAUAUCUACAAUAACCACUAUGAACAGAAAGCCCAAUAAACCUCCCAAAAAACCUAACAAAUCGUCUAAAAAACCCAAACCACAUCCUGCCACUACUACUACAACAACUUCUUUACGUGUCUCAACUACACCCCGCAGAGAUCCAGACCCCACCCCUCCAGCACCAACACCCCGCAGAGACCCAGACCCCACCCCUACAGCACCAACACCUCGCAGAGACCCAGACCCCAUCAGAACUACUGAAAAACUCCAGCCAGCCACUGAGCCAGCUACCUCCACCACCACUUCUACUGGUGCUACUGCCACCACUAAGAGCCCAGCAGCCAUUGAGCCCCUGAUCCCAAGGACAACACCAGAAAACAAGCUGGUGCUGGUGCCCAAGAGGGUCCAGGCAACCCCAGCCUCCCCAGGGACAGAGGGUCAGGGCGGGGGGAAGGAGGUGGCAGGGCGGGGGGCUCUGAAGAGCUCCCUGGUGGCUGUGGUGGUGGUAGGCCUGACCAUCCUGACUCUGGCCUUGGCUGUGGUUGGACGUAAGGCCAUGGAGUCAUUCGACCGGCGACACUACACCAGGCUGGAGCUUAACGACCUACACUACGAGGUGUGAUUGAACCUUUACACACACACACACACACAAACACACACACAAACACACACACACACACACACACACACACACACACACACACACACACACACACACACACACACAC